CGCCCGGCAGCUGCGCCGUUUGGCUCGGGGCUGGCUGGCAGGAGGGUCCGGGGCUGCGCCCGUCGGGGGAGCGCGCGGGAUGCUGAAGGCCAAGAUCCUGUUCGUGGGCCCCAGUGAGUCUGGAAAAUCCGUCUUGGCAAACUUUCUGUCCGAGAGCACAGAAGGCAUUAGCAGCUACGUCCCCACUCAGGGAGUGAGGAUCCUGGAAUAUGAGAAACCAAAUACGAAUGGCAACAGUAAAGGGGCAGGGUGUCGAUUUGAGCUGUGGGAUUGUGGCGGUGAUCAAAAGUUUGAAACUUGCUGGCCAGCUCUGAUGAAAGACUCCCAUGGUGUUGUAAUAGUCUUCAACCCAGAACUGCCCAGUCACCUGAAGGAAAUUGAAAUGUGGUACUCCUGCUUUGUGCAGCAACAGCAGUUACUAGAUAGCCAGUGUCUCCUAAUUGCACACCACAAACCAGGCAGUGCCUGGGACACAGAAAACCUGUCCUUGGCUUCACCUCUGAACAGACUGAAACUAAUACACUCCAGCCUGGAAGAAGAUCCUGAGGAUGUCCGCAUGGAAUUUGUGAAAUACUUCAAAAGCAUUAUCAACUUGCUAAAUGAGAGCAGAGACAGGGAGGAGAUGUCAAUUAUUACCUAAUCCUGGGGGAAAUACUGAAGUGUUUUCAGUAAAGAUGGGCCUGAACCAGAACAUCAGUUCCAAGCCUCUUUGAACUUUGGGAAAUUCUAAUCCAGAUCCAAAAGUUACAACUGGAGUCCAACGCCAGUAGUUAGGUUCUACUUACUCCAUGAAAGCAGAUAAAUUCCAUCAACUCAGCACAGCAAAAAGGUAAUGUGAACUCUCUCAAGUAUGCCUCACAUUUAAUAGAGCAUUGUUAGAGGACAGGUAAGGAAUUUGGCUUGCAUAAAUCCCAGCCAGGAGCAUAAAACAAAAUCCUCCGUUUUGCUGAGUUCAACUGUCCCUUCCAUAUUUAGGGAAAUAGUUCAAUUGCCCCUUCCAUAUUUCGAGAAAUUAAAAGCCUUUUUUUUUUACAAAUUUUGUGACAUCCAUCCGAGGAUUCUGAGAGUUUAUUCAGAGGGAGUAAAAGACACAGAUACACCCUCCAUUGCUAUGUUACUGUUCCAUGAGUUCCAGACAAAGAAUGUAUUAUGGUUUGGCAGUAACCAUCUAUUUCCAGAACCCUGGAACUGAAUUGUUCUUUAGUCAUUAAGAUAAAAUUUUGUAUCUACAAGCACUGAUAGUUAAGUUCAUCUUUGCAACAUGAGGCUGGAAAUCUUGUAGACUGCCACUUAGGCCCCAAAGAAACCAGACAGUGGAGUUACACUGUUGUAAAACCACCAACAGCGAGAGGAGAAUCAAACCCUAGCAAGUCGUGAACUCUGCACCAGUCACUAUUCAAAUGAGUGUUGCCCAGUCUUUAGGGCAAACACUAAUACUAGGGAAAGUUAACAAUCCAUCACUGUAUCUGUAGUAAUAAAUAUGAAAGAUAAAAUAAUUAUAUGUCGUAUAGAAAAAACUGCUGAGGUGUAAAAAUCAUGUGUGUCUUUUUGGGGAUGUGUGAUAACAGAGGAGGGGAUCAAUUGUGGCUCCUAAAGACACAAAGAUCCUUAAAUUCUAUCUUAAGCUGAGGUAAUGAGGCUGGUACGAAAAAAAGAAAGCUCUUAGGAGGCCCUUCUUCUCCUUUGCAGAUCAUUAAAAGCAAUAUUAAAUCAAAACACCAUCAG